GUAUUCCCCUUGACUGUUUUAAUGGACCGAGGCCUCCUCAAUCGGGCCACUGCAGCAGAUGCCCAGCCAACACCAGGCUACAUGUACCUCGAAAUCGCCAAGAUGACAUACGCACCCAAUGGAUCGCAUCAGCUGGAGGACUACCUAUGUAAUAAGAUAACCACCAAAGACGAUGCCAACGUCAAGUUCAAGUGUUUGAGGAUAAUUCGGAAUGUCCUGGACCCCGAUGCACAAGUGCAGGCCUGUAUAGACUUCAGGAAGAGGAUACAACGACGAGCAGAUGUGGUGAAGUCAUGUCGGAUGUACCGAGGGCCUGUCGACCCACUGAGAGGUGAUGCUCCGAGUAAAGCAGUUCGAGAAGAGGCCGAGGCAGCGUUGAAAAUAAUAUUCAAUGAGGCCGCCGUCUCUGUCGGCUCACAGGAGUCUCGGCAAGCUACUGCUCCCUAUUCUGGUCUGCAUGACAGGAUUAAGGGGUUUGGCUCUACUACAGGGGGCGGCCCACCUCCUCUGAAUUCAUGGGGAGCAUCACCACCACCACCUCCGCAGCAGCAACAGCCAAUACCGUACCCAGGUGGUGUGUAUCCUGGCCCACCAGUGAGUACCGGUCGCAUGCAGGGUUUUGGUAAUCCCGAAUUCAACGAUUACAAUAAUACUCAACCGGCCUCAGCGACCAACACCAUCGCUAGCAAGGUCGGCCAGGCGGCUGCCAGUGCUGCCAGUGUUUUAUCAUCAGCGUACCAGAGGUGGCACGGGGGUACUCCUGGGGCCUCUGCGCAGUAUGCAGGAUAUGGGCAGACUCCAGGGUACGGCUACCCGGGUGGUCAGGAGUAUAACCAUUAUUCGGAUAGGGGCAUGUGGGUACCUCCUCCAGCAGUUGAUAAGGCCAGCGAGAGGGUGCAGAUGACAGUAGCGGCUCCUAGUGAGCAACACCAUCGGACACCUGAGUACCGACUUGUCAGCCAACUGACCAGUGGUUCGGUCGCUGUCGGGGUCUUCCUAAAGAGGGUCCAAGGGGAAUCAUCUGAAUACGGUAUAACAGAGAUAGCAUCCGAGUUGGGCGAUCGUAUCACUAAGGGUCACCCACAAGCCCGGCUGCGAGCUCUGAGGGCUGUGGAAGGCCUUGCUGACAGAGAGGAGGUACGGGAUGUCUGUACUGAUUGUGUUUCUGAUCCCCAAGCUCUACCCCAAAUCUGCCGUGCUACAGCGGCUCGAGUGUCCCGAGCCCUGCAUGGGGCCAAUGGUCAUGGUCCAGUGGCUGCUCCCAAGCAGUCGAUGCCGGACCUGCUUGACCUUGGCGGUGGGGAUAGCGCUGUGGAGAAGCCGGUCGAAGCGGCCGUGGUGGACAAUGCUGGUGGCGACGAUUUGCUUUUACUUGGGGAAGCUGAUUUCCUCGACGCCCCUGUUAAUUCGAAUGCAAAGGAGGUCGAUCUGUCGGGAUUGAACCUGGGUGGAUCGAUAGCCGCAGGAGACAAGAACAGGCAGCUCCUCCCAGGCUACCAAACAGUCGGUGAUAAUCUUCUCGGAGAGCAGUCGGCAUCUGGGAUUCUUCCCGUCCAGCAAGCGUCUUCACUCCUGCCCGACUUAGCUGUGGGUAGCAUACAAGCCAACGGUACCCAACAGACCCACUCGGCAGGUGGCUACACUAUGGGUGGUCAGCAACUUGACGAUAUAUUCACUGAGGCGGCCGCCAAGGCCGCGGCUCAGGCUGCUGGCGGGCCGUGUAUGGAUGGGAAAUGUUCGAAUUUUACGAGUGUUGGUCAGCAGUCGGGUAAAUCAUCAGCAUUCAGUUUUAUCGGUAGUGGUAUUCGCCGAUGA